UCAGAGGCAUUUAUUUAAAGAAAAAAAAAAAACCGGUCACAUUUCUCAGGCACCUGAAAACGUGCUGCUUAUUUUAGGACGCGUGUUGCUUAUUGAAGUGUGUGAACAGGAGGAGGGGAGUGUUUAAACUACUUCCACUCUGAUGAUGAUGAUGAUGAUGAUGAUGAUGAUGAUGAUGAUGAUGGUUUACUGGGAACACACACAUACACACACUGAUAUCACAGCCUGUGGCAUCAGCGAGGUGUAGCCUUACAGACGGAGCACUCUGCACAAUCUGAGAAGAGGAAAUUACCCGGAUCGAUAAGGACAACUGAUCUGAUUUCAUCGCUUUUUAUUGUUUUUAUCUUUAAUAUAUUCCCGAUUUUUUUUGUUCUCAUCGUUUACAUUUUUUUUGUUUGCUCUGCUUGUGAAGAGUGGGAGCUUCWCUGGGAUCCUCCUCUUUCUGUCUUUGCAGUUCAUGAGUAGUUCACUUGUUUCUACCAGAGUCCUGAGUGACAAACAGCAGCUCUAAAAAAAUAAAUUAAAUAUAAUAAAACUACAAGAACAGAAGAGAACAUGGAGAACAGUCCUGGUGGUGGUGUCAUCUUAUACGCUGGCUCGUCUGGCAGCGCCAGUCCAAGUCCUGGCAGCCCUUCGAGUGGAUACCAGACACAGUCGCCGUCCUCUCACUCGCAGCCCUCGUCCCCGGAGGGCACCUCCUUUCAGGAAAUCGGGGUCCUGAAGCAGAGAAGGGAACAUGGGGGAGGAACCUCCUCCCCGAAAAUGGUCUUUCAGUUCCCUGAAGUGAGCAGUGCUCCAGUGGCCCAAAUUACGACGGUUUCGUCUCCGACCUACAGCCACCCUGCAGCAGCCAAAAGGCCUUGUGGUUUCACUGGCACAUUCACCAAGACCGGAGGUAUGGUGCUUUUAUGUAAGGUGUGUGGAGACGUCGCAUCUGGUUUCCAUUAUGGAGUGCACGCCUGCGAGGGCUGCAAGGGGUUCUUCAGACGCAGCAUUCAGCAGAACAUCCACUACAAGAUGUGCGUGAAGAACGAAAACUGUCUCAUCAUGCGCAUGAACCGCAACCGGUGCCAGCAUUGUCGCUUCAAGAAGUGCCUCUCUGUGGGCAUGUCAAGAGAUGCUGUGCGUUUCGGGCGCAUUCCAAAGCGGGAGAAGCAGAGGCUUUUGGACGAGAUGCAGAGCUACAUGAACAGUCUGAACGAGCCGGCCUCCAUGGAGAUGGACGUGUCCCCGACCUCCGACACGCCCUGCAGUCCGGCUAUCCUGCAGCCCUACGGUGGCGACGAGAAGCCUCUCAAGAUGGCCGCCGCCGGCAGCAACCCGAGCCCUUCGUCGGCGCCCCAGACGCAGCACGGUCUGACGCCGAGUUACCACGUCCCCAGCAGCUUCCCAGACAACGAAAGCUCCUCGAACGUGGACAAGUUCAGCUUCUCGCCCAAACAGAACCAGUGCCCUGUCACCGGACACACGUCCACUCAGACUUACCCGACCAACCUGAACAACAUCCCAACCAGAGAGUUCCAGAACCAAACCUCCUGCCCCUGGAAGCUCCACGGAGGUGCCAAAGUUCUAGCGUGCCCACUCAACUCGUGUCCCGUGGCGCCGGCCAGCCGCUCUAGUCAGGAGGUGUGGGAGUCGUUCUCACAGUGUUUCACCCCCGCCGUUAAAGAGGUGGUGGAGUUCGCCAAGAGCAUUCCGGGCUUCCAAACCCUGAGCCAGCACGACCAGGUCAUGCUGCUGAAAUCUGGCACCUUCCAGGUUCUCAUGGUGAGGUUCUGCUCGUUGUUCGAACCCAAGGAGAGGACGGUGACCUUCCUUAACGGACAGACGUAUUCACUGCCGUCGCUGAGGGCCCUGGGCAUGAGCUCCCUGCUGGAUUCAAUGUUCGACUUCAGCGAGAAGCUGGGCUCGUUGGGCCUGGAGCAGGAUGAGAUGGCUCUGUUCAUGGCUGUUGUGUUGGUGUCUGCAGACCGCUCUGGUGUGGUGGAUGUUGGAGCCGUGGAGCAGCUGCAGGAGAACCUGAUCAAAGCUCUGCGCUCGCUCAUCACCAGUCGCCGGCCGGACGACAGCACGCUCUUCCCUAAGCUGCUGCUGCGCCUGCCGGACCUGCGCACGCUGAACAACCAGCACUCGGACAAGCUAUUAGCGUUCCGCAUCGACCCCUGAACACACGGGGGGUUUCGGUAUCCUCUUCGCUCCUGACGUGAGCUCCGGCUCGUCUACAUUCAGCACACUGACCUCUCUGCCUGACGGACAGCUCUUUGUUUUUUUUUGGCGGGGAAAGUGUGAUGCUAUGAGAAUUUUUUUUUAAAAAAAGGACGAAGAACUGAAGGUCCAGCAGAAGGUGGCGCUCUCAUCCAUUUGCUUCCAGUUGGACUGAAGAAGAAAACAAGUCCCUCCUGACGUUUGUCACAAAGACCAAAAAGCAGAAUCUUUGUCCCACCUCUAACAAAGAAAGCACAGAUUGAAACAAAAACACUAAACCAAUAGUGACUUCCUGUUGUACAUUCUUGCUACAAAAGAAAAAAAGACACUUUCCAUAUGUUAAAACUCAUAAAUCUAUAUUAAAAAAUAUUAUAGCAAUAGCUUUUGCUAAAAUACAGUUAGAGCCGUUUGUGUUGGCCCGGUUGAAAAAACAAAAAAGAAAGAAGAAAUAAGUUAUUUUCACAACAUGUGGAACGGUUUGAAUUAAAUCACCCAUCUGUGAUUGAGAUAUGUUUGAUAUUUUUAAAGAAUACAUGUAUUCAGGGAAAAAAUGUGGGUCAUUUUAGACCAGCGUUGAAUGGAUAUAAAGAUGUUCGCUUGUAUAUUUUGUAUAUAACCAUUAUAACUGGAUGCUAGUUUGCAGAUUAUCGGAUGUGUAAAUUCACUUAUGAAAAACGACUCCUCUGUACACAGCAAACAAAUUAAAAAAUAAAUCAAAGCAAAAGCAUUUCAGAUCACAAAUAUAAACUUUUUUUAAAAUUGAAGAGUUGUAAUAAAUGUAUCAUUAACGAACAUCAUCAGCUUCGUGUACAUUUUGUAAAUGUUCAUGGUCAUGACAUAGAAAUACAUCUAUUAAAAAUGAUAUCACAUAGCA